GCUAUGCCUCCCCAGCCGAGCGGUAAGGCCGUGAAGAAGGCCGGCAAGGCGCAGAAGAAUGUGCGCGCCACCGACAAGAAGAAGAAGAAGCGCCGCAGGAAGGAGAGCUUCUCCAUCUACAUCUACAAGGUGCUGAAGCAGGUGCACCCCGACACUGGAGUCUCCAGCAAGGCCAUGUCCAUCAUGAACAGCUUCGUGAACGACAUCUUCGAGCGCAUCGCCGCCGAGUCGUCCCGUCUGGCUCACUACAACAAGCGCUCGACCAUCACGAGCCGGGAGAUCCAGACUGCCGUGCGUCUGCUGCUGCCGGGCGAGCUGGCCAAGCACGCCGUGUCCGAGGGCACCAAAGCCGUCACCAAGUACACCAGCUCCAAGUAGGCGACCGAGCGCUCGACCGCCCAGCCAACACCCAACGGCUCUUGUCAGAGCCACCCAAAGUGUCUGCAUUGGCAUUGGGAUGUAGCGAGAAUCUCGCGACGAUUCCGUCCGUUUUCCCUC